AUGGCCGCAGAUGACAUCCCGGACGCUGCUCCGAAGGACGCCAGCACGCCCUCUGCAGAGGCCCAGGUGAAUGGAAAGGGAGAGGAGGUUGUGGGGGAGACGGAGCCGGUGCAAGGGGCUCCCUCUUCCAAGGAAGAUUCUUCGAAGGAGCCUGGCAAAGAGGAAUCGGAAGGCGCUUCGAAGGAGGGUCCCCCUGCCACGGAGGAUUCUUCUAAGGAGCAGUCUUCCAGCAAGGAGAACUCCUCUGCCAAGGAGGGCUCCGUUGCGGCAGAAGGGUCCUCAGUGAAGGAGGGAUCUUGCAACACGCAGGAAGCUUCCGUGCAGCAGGAACAGCCUGUGAAGGAGGACUCCUCUGCCAGAGAAGAUCCAUCCACGAAGCUUUCUUCGGAGGCUCAGGCUGCUUCUGAGUCCUCCAUGCCCGACAAGGCAUCAGACAUGGCCGCAGACGACAUUCCACAAGAGGCGCCCCCGGCAAAAUGGAUCUGCCCAAAGUGCGAGGAGCCGAACAAGGCCACGCGUGACGUGUGCAACAACUGCGGCGCGCCGAAGCCUGUCGCCGGUGCACCGGCUCCGGCGAAAGCCAAAGCAGCGCCGCCGCCGGAACGAUGGGUCUGCCCACGCUGCGAUGAGGUAAACAAAGGAGAGAGGACGGCUUGCAACAGCUGCGGCGCACCCAGGCCGAAAGAGAAAUGGGUGUGUCCUCGCUGUGGGGAGCCAAACAAGCACGAGCGCAACGAGUGCAACAACUGCGGCUGGGUGAAAAGAAGUAAAUCUGUGAUCUCACUCGGGGAUUCGUCUGACGAGGAAAAGAAGGCCAAGGCGAAGGCUGCUGCCAAGCCGGCAGCGGCCAAGCCGGCAGCGGCCAAGCCGGCAGCGGCCAAGCCUGCCGCCGCGCCUGCCGCGGCCUCCACUGCGACAGGCCCAAGCAAGCGCAGCAGCUCUUCAAGCUCUUCGAGCAGCUCUUCCAGCAGCAGCUCGUCAGCGGAGAAGUUCAUCGGCAGUGCAGCCGAGCGGAAGCUUCAUCCGUUCGAGCGCCGCAGCCCGUCGGACUACAGGAGACCCUUCGCGCGCGGGCGCAGACCACGCAGCCCUCGGAUGGGCAUGGGCACAGACGUCCGUGACCGCCGAGACCGUGGGGGUCGAGAUGGGAAUGCUCGGGAUGGGGAGCAGCGCGAUCGGCGCGACUACUCGGACAACCGCGAGUACGGCGAGGGCCGGGACCGAGAUCGAGGUGAUCGAGAUCGGGACAGAGAGCAGAAUCGUGGCCGGGACCAGCGUGACCGCGAUGACAAGCGGGAUCGUGACCGAGACCGGGACCGGGAUAGGGACCGGCGAGACAAGGACCGACGAGAGCGUCGGGACAGUCGCGACAAUCGCUCUGGCCGAGACGGUCGGAGGUCGCGCUCCCGUGGCCGUCGUCCAGCGGACGGAGAGGCGGAUGGUCGCCAGGAUGACUGGCAAUGGCGUGAGAAGCGCGCAGAUGACAAUGGCAGCUGGAACAACUCGGCUGAGCAGGCGAGCAGCCGGGAAGGACAAGGCUGGCCCAACCAAAGGUCCGAAACUUGGGGGCAGGAAGAGGCCUGGAACCAAAAGAACAACAGCCAAGAGGAAUGGUGGAACUCGAUGCCCAGGUCCAAGUCUUGGCAGGCGGGUGAUGCCUUUCCCCAAGAGGCAGCGCCAGCUGCUGGUGACUGGGGCCAGGCCCAAAGCCCGCAGGGCGACUCGUGGAACAACCAACGAUGGAACGACUGGGAGGGACAACUGCAGAACAAGCGCGGUCGGGAGAUGAGCCUGGACGGAUCAUGGCAGGCAAUGGACGGCCGGGAGCCCUUGAAGAGACAGAAGCAGGAUUUUGGCGAUUCCUGGAUGCGACCGCAGGACGGUCUGGACAAGCCGGGCAAGAAGGAGAAGAAGGAGAAGAAAGACAAAGCUGAGAAGAAGGAGCGAAAGACGAGAACUGGUCGCGACCCGCCUGUGCGGCUGCACGGCAACCUUUGGGAGGUGCCCAGACAGAACAUUGGUCUGCAGCUCAUCAAGGACCGCGCAGACAUGUACAACUGGCAAUACCCCUUCUGGGAUGACUCCCGGCGAAGUUUCGCUGGCCUCCUUCGAUCGCCCUGGACCCCACAGCAGUGCAGCCAGUUCUACACCAUGAUCCAGAAUGGUACGAACUGGAUCCAACCUGUUGGCGAGAAGGGGCCCAUGCCGCGAAAGACGGCAUGGCUGGUGAGGAAGGGCUGCGAAUGCAGCUACAGGUACGGGCCCUUCGAGGUCCCACCGGCAGAGUUCCCACCUUGGAUGGUCCAAUUGAUGUCCGAGGUCAUGCCCUUCUGUGGCUUCACGAGCAUCGGCGAAUGGCCAGACUGCUGCAACUUGAACCUCUACACGGACGGAGCCUCGACUGUGGGCUGGCACUCAGACGACGAGGCCCUCUUCCAAGGUCGAUACCAGGAUAUCACGAUCAUCUCCAUGUCCCUGGGCGUUCCGAGGACAUUUGAGUUGCGCUACCUCUACCCGGAGGAGCAUGAAGAAGCAGUGCUCCACCGCUUUGUGCUCGGAAGCGGAGACCUGAUGACCAUGGAGGGCAUGGCCCAGAAGCACACGCAGCACCGGGUCCCCAAAGAGCCGGCCUUUGGUGCACGGAUCAACCUGACCUGGCGUCCGAAAGCACCAGCCGCACUGCCCCGCGGGGCACGCUUGGAGAUGAAGCUGGGCACCAAUGUUGUUGAACAGAGUGGAGGCAGCAGCUUGACCAUGUCACUCCUAGCUCAGUAUCGCGACGUCGGCGCCAAGUACAUACGGGCCGCAGUGGAAAAGCAAGAAAGCCUCCUUGCGGCCACCUGCCAUGGACAGGAUGCCACCUUCGCAGAAGGUGCUUGCCUCUUCACGCUACAGGAGCUGAUCAAAGCUUCGGAGCGCACCUGCUUCGACCACCUCCCGCAAUUUCUCUGCUGCCACGAGCCACCGAGCAUUGGAUGCUUCCGCGACGACAAGCAUCGAGACAUGUGCUGCAGCGAGGCCCCGUUCUCCUCUGAGACGCUGACCCAGGACUACCUGCUUGUCCUGGUUACAGGCUUUCAGGAAGUGCUGCAGCGCAGCUGCCCCUUUGCUGCGGCAUUGACCCAGCUUCUACCGUACACUAUGGAAAACCUUGACCUGAAGAUCCAGGUCCUGGUACACGAGAUGACCCCGAUUGCCCGGGCGAUGAGCCACGCAGGCGCCGAAUGGAGCAAUCUGCUUGCGAGUGAAUGGCCCGUCUUUGGCAUCCUGAACCGUGUUCGGGAGAUGCGUGUCACGUCGCCCACAGCCGACACGUACUAUGCCAGCCUGGCCAAGGAUGCUGCGCUCUCGCCCGUGAUGGCCUUGGCUCAGCUCAACGCCUCUGACUGUAUGAUGCGAGCCACAGCCAGGCUUCACUUGGCGCUUCUGGCCGACUUUGCCCCCAGCUUCCUCAAGUCGCCAGCUGCCAAGUUGGUAGAUGAUGCAGAGGGCCAGGCCGUGAAAUGCGUGCGAAAGCUGCAUCCGCGCCUCAAAGAGUCCCUCGGCUACAAUCAGGAUUUCGGUUGGGGACCGGACAUUGAAGCUUGCGCGCAACUCCUGUAUGGACGCGGCAGCAGGUCCGUACCGGCAGUUCGGGCACUUUCAAAAGUGCUGCAGAUCAAAAUCGAUUUUCUUCGAUUAGGAGGACUCGCGGGGUGUGCGAAUGUUCCCCUGCCGCUCGCAGCAGCGGCUUCCAUCGCAGGCUUGAGUACCCCCUAUCCUACAAGCGCGAGGGCGUGUGCCGGUUCGCCGGAGCCAUUUGGGCUCGAGCAGUUCAAGGGGCUGUAA